AUGUCGAAUCGCAGUGCCGAGGAUGUCAAUGUCUCCGAGGAUGCUCGUGCUGCGCUGGCUGGUGUGGCGGGCAGUAUGGGGGCUUUGCAUCGAGAUCCCAAACGCCGCCGAAGGGAGAGCAAGACCAAGGACAGCCCGCCGGGCAAGGAGACGAAGCCAGACACUGGUGCAGACAAAGCAGAGCCCCACUCGAAGAACGAGCACCCAAAGAAGUGGGGCACACACUACAUCACAGACUACGACGGCAACGAGAUCUGCUUCAAGUUUGCAAAAGGCAAGGCAGGGGACUGCGGAGAACCAUGCAGUCAGGGCAGGGUGCACCGAUGUCGGCAUUGCUUGGGGUCGCACGUGAACGACCAGUGUCCGGUGCACGUCAAAAGGAACCCAAAGGGCGCCGGCAAGAAGAAGUCCCAGAAGCCAGUUCCAUGCCAAGAGGCUCAAGCCGCAGCUUCGGCCGAACAAGCACCCUGCCCAGAUGUCAGGCACGACCCUGGCAGGCAGCAGUCAGUCAAGGGCGAGUCGAAGUUCAAGUUCCUCGAACUCUAUGCGGGCUUCAAGGGACUUUCGAUGGCCAUGGCCGAUGUGGUCGGCGAGAGCGUGGAAGUAUUGAAGCCCUUGGAGCUCUACGACGGGUGGGAUGUGCUCACACCCGAAGGUCUCGAAGAGGCCCGAAAGGCGGCAAGAGAGGCAGAUCACCUUCAUGUGGCCAUCCCUUGCAGAAGCUACACAAGAGCCAGGAGGGUGGACGCUCACGGAGCUGUGGCCACAGUGCGCUCAGACGAGCGCCCAGAAGGCUGGGGGCACCCGGUCGCAGAGAAAGGGAAUCGGCAUCUCGAGGCAAUCGAGAUCAUACUCAUGGAGGCAGCUCGCUCAGGCUGCACCAUCUCCAUCGAGAACCCAUGGAAUUCUUUCCUGUGGGAAACAGCGAAGAUGAAGAAACUGGCAAAGCGGCUUCACCUUGUCCCAGUGUACCUCGAGCAGUGUGCCUACGGGGGAAUGUCAAGGAAACCAACGAGGAUCCUCACCGAUGCGGAGUGGAUGCAGACAGUUCAGCUCACCUGCAGCCAGGUCCGGCCGCAUUGCCACAGCAAACUCGAGGGAAAGGUGUGGGACCCUGUCACACAGAGCAAGGUCUGGAAAACUUCCAAGGCCGCGGAGUACCCGUCGGGGUUGUGCAGAGCAUGGGCCAUGGCCUUGAAGGACUACCUGCAGGCGAAGCCACUCAUCCUGCAGAAGAAGACCUACGAGAAGGAUGGCACAAAGAAGACGAAACUCCUCACCUUCAAGGAGCGACGUGAAGCCGAGAACGAAAGGUCGAUUGGUGGCCUGCGCAACCCCAGAGCUGCUGUUUCACGGAAUUCGCACCUUCGCACCGUCGGCAUGCGGCUGAGGAAAGUGCUAGAUACGGCUCUGACUUCGAGGGCGCUACAAGAUUUUCAACAGCGACCCACAGAGUCACCAUUUUCCACAGAGGCCAUGUCACAGGUCCGAGAAGCUUUGGCCGUAGAGUUCAGCACCACAGCCACGCACAGAGGCUACGAAAAGGGCAUUUUAAAGUCCGUGUUGGAGCAGUUGCACGAUCUCGAUGCCAAGGUCAUCCCAAGGUGGCUGAACGAAGGCUUCCCUUUGGGCAUCAUUCACCCCAUUCCCCACACUGGCAUCGUCCCCCAAACGGAGGACGUGUCGGAUGCCAUUCGGAUGUCGGCCCUGUGUGGAAGGGUGGUGAAGGAUUGGGACGGGGCUGCACUCAACUAUGAAUCCUUCUACCAAGCGGGAGGGAAAGCUCAACACGAACUUGACCGCAUGCUCGCGGAGGGUUGGGCGGAACUCGUACCAACCUGGGCCCAGGUGGUCCAACAGUUCGGUCCAGAGGUUGAGCUCGCCGAAGACAAGGUCGAGAAGCUCAAGGAGGCGCUUCAUGGGCUGUUAGAUCAACCCAUGAUCCCCGUGAAGAUCCUCCAACGAACCACAGGUAUCCUAGGUUGGCUUUCUAGCAUUAUCCCGGAAGUGCGCCCGUGGUUAGCCAUGUUGUGGGCAGUGUUGACCCAAGCACUGCAACAAGAAGGGCCGAAACGGCAGAAAACCCGUGAGAGAAAGGGGCUUGUGUUCCGAAAGCAGCUGGAACAUGCGGCACGUUUCCUCCUGGCCCUCUUGACCAACCUGGCAGGACCAUCACUCAAGCACACAUAUCGGUUGCAGCCACAGGACACGCGCUGGUACACGGGCAUGGGAGCUGUGUUGUACUUCAUUGGAACACCCCCAUGUACUGGGCCGAUGCAGUCUCCGACGAGUGUUGAGAGCGGAGAGAACACCGGACUUCCAAACGGAGUUCGAGAUGCUCACCAUUUUCUUGAGUUUGAAGAUGUUUCCUCCGCCAAGUCCCCACUGUUGACACAUUUGACAGCCGAAUUUCUCCUGGAGUUCUUAUGUCACGGGUGGACACCACCCACUGGCGAACACAUCGCGGGGGUGCUGAAUGACACGGCCGACGCUCUUAGCCGUGGAGAAGUGCCACCGCACCUCGCACAGGUCAAGCGAAUCCCGGCGUUCAUUCGCCACGUCAGCAUCUUUCGGGCUUGGCCUUACGCGGGAACUUGGAUCCCUCCUUUUGCAGUGAACAUCCCCUCCAACUGCAUCGCCCUGGUGGCGAAUGCGCCUGGAGGCUUGCGAGCAGUGACCUUAGAAGGACAAAGUGGCGAGCGGCUGCUGGAGGCCGCGUUGAGGCAUCGGGUUGGUGGGCAGGCCAGCCCAACCACGCCGGAGGAGGCUCUGAUCCCGAGGGGGGAGAUGGCUUCGGGGUCGGCUGAUCCACUGGCCUUGGUCAGCGCAAACCAGCCACAGAGGAGGCGACCUGGCGCCCCAAUGUAUACUCCGGGCACGGCCCGCACGAAGAGCGCCCUUUUCAAACUGUGGUGCGACAUCCUUGCGGCCAGGAAUCUGCCCUCUUUGCCGGUAGAUCCCGAGAAGCUGAGCAUUGUGAGCUCAGUGUUGAGGGCCGCGGGGUUCAAGUCAGCGCCGGCCUACUUGUAUGAGGCUAAGGACUGCCACAUGCGUGCAGGACACGCCUGGACUGACGCCCUUGACAUCGCUCUUCGAGAUUCGCCGAGGACUGACCAGAGGGAGGUGGAACUGGGUUGCAUCAUGCUCAACGAGAUUGAGCUGGAUGAAUGGAACUCUUUGGUGACCAUCAGCCUCACCGUAUCCAAGACGGAUCAGUAUGCCCGUGGCUGCAAGCGCACCCUUGGCUGCAGGUGCAACGCAAAGGAACCGGUGGUAUGUCCGUUUUGUGUGGCAGGCGUGUUGGUGAACCACCAGGAGGUGAUGUCAGGCAUCGAGCAUGGGACGGAGGCCGCAGCCAAUUGGCCGCUGAUCGGUCAGGAGGGCGACCCAUCGAAGCUGGUGCCUAAGGAGUCCAUGCUGGCUGCACUCAAGGAGGAUGCCAUCUACCUCAAGGACCGAGGCUGGCUCAAGGACAACACCGACAUGGACCUGGUUUCGGGGCAUAGCCUCAGAAGGUCCGGAGUGCUGCAAGCCCAGAUCUCCGGGUUGGUCACGAAGGUUGACAACUUGGAAGACCUCGCCAGGAAGAUCGCGGAAGAACACAAGAACCAGAAGCAGGUCGCACACUUCGAUGAGGAUUCGGUGAAAUCCCUGCUGCGGGCCUACUUGAAGCCACCGGUGGUGACCAACUUGGCCACGCUGAAGUUCCAUGCCACCUCGGUGUCCAACAAUCACCUGAUCCCAAGUAGGUGGCAGACGGCAUGUGGAUGGUGCUACGUGGCGGCAGGACAGCUUGUGAAACCAGCUGCCUCAUACGAGGAAAUCCCGACAGAAGCGACGCCAUGUACAAAGUGCAUGAACUAUCUGCCGUACUGGGCGGCGGUGUAG